AUGAAAUUACCUUCAGACGAAAAGGGGCGAGUUUUGAAUGCCGAUUUGUCAAAGCUAAUUAUGGACAUCUUCAAAACACGCACAAAUACCAGUGAUUUCAUUGUCGCUUCACUUCUGCUGCUAGAUGAUGAAAAAACAUGUGGAAACGUGCGACAAACGCUGGAAAAAGAAGAUUUUUGCAAAGAGAAAUUCAUCGUUUCAUUGAGUACCACUGGCAUUGAAUAUGUUGCGAAAUUGGCCGAAUGGAUGCUCCGACACACAAAUGCACAGGAAUGGAAUGAUAUGCGAAAUAUGUUUUAUGCAUUAUUUGCUGUACUCUUCUGGCCUGAUUAUGAGGCACGAAAAUGUGCUGGCGAUAUCCUGGGGAAUUGUAUCACCGAUAAAGGCAUCGCAUUCUGUGUUUCAGCUUUGGAUUCAUUAUUCAAUUAUAUCACAUCCGGACUGGCGCAGCAGGAAUGGAAUGAUAUGCGAAAUAUGUUUUAUGCAUUAUUUGCUGUACUGUUCUGGCCUGAUUAUGAGGCACGAAAAUGUGCUAGCGAUAUCCUGGGGAAUUGUAUCACCGAUAAAGGCAUCGCAUUCUGUGUUUCAGCUUUGGAUUCAUUAUUCCAUUACAUCACAUCCGGACUGGCACAGCAGGUGCAUAAAAGAGCAACAACUACGAAAGACGAAGGAAAUGAUCGAAUUAUGAACAACAAACUGUUCUCUGCAGCAAUGCACAAACUUUUAAUAUCAUUUGACGCUAAACAGGAGGAUUUUGAUAUGGGUGUUAGCUUCAUAACAUCAGGUUUAUUGGUAUCAUGCUGUUCAGAGUUAGGUAAGCUUCAGAUUUUAUGA